AUGAGCAAGGCGCUCAAGGAGGGUUUGGAGGGGGAGGAGCAGCGGCUCCACAGGAUACGCAUAACGCUUACCUCGAAGGAUUUGAAAUCCAUCGAGCGUGGAAAUCGCCGUGUGGAGAGGGUGAGUGAUACAACAGAUGAUGAAGUCUCCUCCACUACCAAGUGCGGAUAUCCUGUGUGUAUGUUCGAGCUGCGUAUUUACAAGCGUUUGAUCGACUUGCACUCAGCAAGCGACGUGGUUCGGCAGAUCACGUCCAUCAACAUCGACCCCGGUGUUGAAGUGGAGGUUACUGUGUCCAACAUAUAA